AAUAUACGCGCCCCUCUUCCCUCUUGUCCACGUUUAUUAACAACUCCUUCCCCAUCCCCAUCUCCACGCUACUCCACAACCUGAACUGUUUCCUCUUCAACACAAUUGAACAAUGGGUAUUCCGGAUUUCAUACAAACUGUCAAAUCUGUGCAUGAGCCAAUGCACAUUAAAGAAUACGCCGGCAAGGUAGUGGCUGUCGAUGGCAACGUGUGGCUACACAAGGGUGCGUUCUCCUGCUCAAUGGAACUUGCGUUAGAAGAAGCAACGACAAAAUACAUCGACUACUUUAUGUGGCUAGUGAGUCUGCUGGAGUUCUACAAGGUGGUCCCAUACAUUGUGUUUGACGGCCAAGCACUGCCGAUCAAAGGCGCGACGGUUGAGGAGAGACGCCGACGUCGAACAGAAGCACUGGCCAAGGGCAAAGAACUACUGAAGCAAGGCAAGCAGCGAGAAGCAACGGAAUGUUUCCAGCACUCCAUCCAUGUAACACCACACAUGAUUCAGCAAGUUGUCAAGGCGUUGAAUGCCAAAAAGAUCAAGCACAUCGUUGCGCCCUACGAAGCCGAUGCUCAGCUCACGCACCUCAUCAACACCAACAAAGUCGACGCAGUGAUCACCGAAAACUCAGACCUGCUUGUCUUUGGCUGUCACACGGUGCUCUUCAAGAUGAACCAGUACGGCGAGGGCAUCCGCAUCCAGCAAGGAAACCUGUCGGCAGCAAAGGAGAUUGACCUCCAAGGGUGGGACCAGACCAGAAUCCGACACAUGUGCAUUCUUUCAGGAUGCGAUUACCUCGCCUCGCUGCCUGGCAUUGGUCUGAAGAGCGCCCACAAGCUACUGAAAAAGUAUAGAACCACCGAUGCGGUGUUGCGCCAUCUUCGCUUCCAGGGGAAAAUGAAACAGGUUCCUGACUAUGAGCAUCUCUUUAAGCGAGCCGACAACGCGUUCCUCUACCAGUACGUGUACGACGACAAUGUAAAGCGACGCAUCACACUACAUACCCCUCCCGCCGAUGUCCAACCGGACAAGCUGGAUUAUCUGGGCAACAACACCACUGCAUCAUCUGGCGCCAACCCACAGCAAACUCUUGACCACAGUCUCAGUAACAAAGAGAAUAUACCGCCAUGGGCACAUUUCGACAACAAACAGUCAUCCACCGCGUCUCAGCACAAGCUAGAGGCAUCACAACCCACCAGUAGCGGCGGCUUACGUGCAUCCAACGACAAUGCUUUACGACCCUUGCGGACACCAAAACGACUCUCUCCACUUUCACCUUCAAAACCACCGACACCACCACCACCACAACAACAACAACAACAACAACGAACCAUCACAGCCAAGGAGCUAUUUGAUCAUCGCCAAAAUUAG